AUGGCCAUCACCAAAUCAAUAUCACCAAACCAUCACCAACUGUUGGAAGUCCGUGCCCUGGGCCCCCCAUUCACCGGCUUUGCCCAUUCACUGGGCCGUUCCAUUACCGGCACUCCCUUCCAGAAACGAGAUUUUUCGCAUUCCUCCGAGACCCUGCCAGGAGGAUCCGAGGCCGGUGUGUGUCACAGCACCCUGAGCACCGUCAUUACCGAUGUAACUCUGCAGCCCUACGAUAAUGACCUUCCAGAACAAGACACAGCAAGGACCCCCAUUUUACGAGUCAAGGAGGGCCCUAGUGCCAAUCUCCCAAUUGUGAUGACCUCAGCAUUGGGCCUCUCCAUUGGUGGUCAUCCCGACGGCACGGAUGUUGACAAGCGAAUUGGUCGAGACUCGAGCCAACAUCAUCCUCCUGACCGUCUCCUCCUCGCGGCCUCCACCGCCGCCCUACCUACUCCUCCCUCCUCCACCUCCAACUCACUUUCUGCCACCGACCCCGACUGCGGCCGAAGCGGCUACAACUGCGGAGAUCCUGAGCCUUCUGGCACCGCGGUCUCCAUCACCGGCAGUGGCCGGAGCGGGUACAACAAGGCCCGGGAAGCUGAGCAGUCCGCCGACACCGAUGGUAGGAGUGGGUACAACAAGCGCACCCCCGGUGGACGGAGCGGAUAUAAUGACAUCGGCGAAGAUGAUGGUACUGUUUCUGCCACCGGUGGAAGAAGCGGGUACAACAAGGCCCGCGAGCAGUCCGCUGAUACCGAUGGACGUAGUGGCUACAACAAGGUCCGCGACCAGCAGGCUGAUACCGAUGGUCGCAGUGGCUACAACAAGCGCACUCCGGGGUCUGGAAGGAGCGGGUAUAACAACGUGGAGGAUGGUGCCGACGGCAACUAAGUGGACAUUGUUGGGUUCGCAUAGGCGGCUUUUUGUCUUUUGGAUAUCACGUUCUACGGAGUUCUGUGGUGUUUGGAGUGUUUGGUGGUAAAGGGCUGGUACCUAAUGAGUUUGUACGGUGGUGGUUGUGUGCUUUUAGAUGGUGGUCUUUUUUGGGGUAGAACUUUAGAAGCGCCAGGCGGGGCUGCAAGCAUCGCGAGAUGUGGGGUUUGGCGGUUUGGUGUUUUCCUCUUCUUUUUUGUAACUAAGAAUUCUGCGAGUCACCUCACUACUUAGUUCCUUUGGACAGAAUUUUGGAUAGAGUAAUUCUACAGCAAUAAUUAC